CCCCGCUGACAUGCGCCAUUCUUUGUAUCCUCUCUUCCCUUGUGAUCCACGCUAACUCUCCCAUGGCCUCCUCCUCCACCUCCUCUCUCUUGUUUCCACCUCCCCACCUCCUCGCUCUCCUCCUCAUUCUCUACGCCAACCCAGCCGUCAGCUGCUUCAACUCUAUCUUUAGCUUUGGUGACUCCCUCGCCGACACCGGAAACUUUCUCAGCUACGCCGGCGCCAAUGCAAGCAACGUCGGCCGCCUUCCUUACGGCGAGACCUACUUCCACCGUCCCACUGGCCGGUUCUCCGAUGGGCGAAUCACCCUUGACUUCAUUGCACAACGCCUGGGACUGCCUCUCCUGCCGCCGUAUCUAGCGGGGCCCGGAGAGCACGAUUUCGGGCAAGGGGCAAACUUUGCCGUGGGAGGAGCGACGGCGCUGGCUAACGACUUCUUCAGGGCCAAGGGGCUCAACGUUACGUGGACCGAGUAUUCGUUAGGCAUUCAGAUUGAGUGGUUCAAGCAACUGCUGCCCUCGCUUUGUUCCUUGGAUUCAGGGUGCCAUGAUUUUUUGAACAACACGCUUUUCCUUAUGGGAGAGAUAGGAGGCAACGACUAUAAUGAUCCAUUCAUCCAAGGAAGAACCGUGGAAGAGGUUACUACCUAUGUUCCCAUCGUCAUCUCUGCCAUUAGCUCGUCAAUCAAAGUCUUGAUCGAUCUUGGGGCGAAGACAUUGGUAGUACCGGGUAACUUCCCGAUUGGAUGUGUUCCAUUGUAUCUGGCUCUUUUCCAAAACUCAAGUAAAGGAGACUAUGAUCCACAAACAGGCUGUAUCAACUGGCUGAAUAAGUUUUCCGAAUACCACAAUCACCUACUUAUGGAUGAGCUAAAUAAACUUCGGCAACUUCACCCCGACGCCACCAUUAUCUACGCCAAUUACUAUGAAGCAUUAUUGAGCAUGGUCCGUUCUCCUGGCCAAUAUGGAAUUGAGGUAACUGAGGCCGCAUGCUGUGGUCCUAGUGGACCCGUUAAUGUCACAUCCCCUGUUCUUUGUGGAGAUCCAGCGGCUACGGUCUGCAGCGACCCUUCAAAGUAUAUUUCGUGGGAUGGGGUGCACCUAACGGAGGCGGCUUAUGGAAACAUUGCUCGUGGCUUAUUAGAAGGACCAUAUGCAACUCCUCCCAUAGCUCGAGCGUGCUCGAGACGAUAGAAAAGGGAAAAUGAUCUAAAUAAUUCAAAGCAAACAUGGAGAAGGCAAUGCCUUAUGAAUGAUAUGUUUUGCUCGCUCGCAAUGACAAAGAAAUCUUAUACCGAGAAAUGUUUUUAGCUGCAAUGCAUGAUACUACUAGACGGCCUGCUAAAUCUCUUAAUGCGAUAUUUCAGAAUUUAUACGAUGGAAAGAAAAGCCAGCAAGUUAAU